AUGUCGCUCCUCCGCUCACGAUUGAUCUCCACACCCCGCGCGAGCCUUCAAAUCAUCCCGAACUUCGCGGCUCGCGCCCAGCACAGACACAUCUCCUCGACCAUUGCGCGGAGAGGCGGCGAUCACGCACACGAGGACCACUACGAUGCUCCCAGCGGCUGGCUUUUCGGUGUGAAGCCUGGCGAGAAGUACGAGAAGGAGGGUUGGGAGAACGUCUGGUUCUACGGCUUUUACGGCACAUUGGCAUUCGGCGUUGUUGGAUACUGCUACAAGCCUGACACCAGCAUACAAACAUGGGCUUUGGAGGAGGCGCGGAGGAGAUUGGAGGCCGAGGGUAUCCUGGAGGACCCCGACAACAAGAAAUGA